UGCCCUUUGUAUGAGAGCCAAGCCUUUGUCCCACCCGCAUUUGUCCAGUUUUUGUCAUAAAAUGCAUUAAAUCAGCGCGCUGCAUUGCAUAAUGAGAGCUGUCCUCCUGCACGCCGUCGCCGCGGCUGCAUUGCAACCCAACGAGGUAUGGCACUCCAUCAAGCAGCAGGCGUCGGUCGCGGCAACCAGUCCGUUGUCGGCGCUGCUGCGGCCGUACCUCAAUGAAGCCAUUGGCUCGCACGCUUCACUGGCGCCGGCAACGGCAGCGCUCCUCACCGAGCGGCUCGGCGGCGCGCUCGAUGGCGAGAAGCUCAUGCUGGUGCUCGAAGACCGCCUCGACGAGACCUUGCUCGCGCGAGAUCUGAAUGCGGUCGUCGAGGGCGAUCCCGCGGCGCCGGAGUUGCUGACGGUGUUCCUGCAUUUCAAGGGAUUUUUGGCCUUGGCGGCGCACCGCGCCGCGAGCAGUCUCUGGUCGUCCAGGAACGAGGACCCGGGCGCGGGGCAACUCGCACUGCUACUGCAGGGCGCCGCGUCGGCGGCGACUGGUGUCGAUAUCCAUCCCGGCGCGACCGUGGGUUCCGGCGUGUUUAUCGACCACGCUACCGGCGUCGUCAUCGGCGAGCAGGCCGCGGUCGGCGACGACUGCUACAUUCUGCACGGGGUCACCCUAAGAGCGACGGGCAAAACGAAGAACGGCCGACGGCACCCGCACGUCGGCAGCGGCUGCACGCUGGGCAACGGCGCCAACGUGCUCGGACCGAUCACCGUCGGCGACGGCGCAACCAUCGGCACCGGCGCCAUGGUGACCAAGGACGUCGAGGCCGGCGCGACGGUCAUCGACACGGGCUUCAUGAGCAACAAGGUGCUGGCGCCCCGCGGGAAGAAGUCGUAAUAUCAUGAUGAGUGUCUGAA